UUGCAAAUCAUUUCUUUUGUAGACUAUGUCUGCUAAAGAGAAAGGAAAAUUUGAAGACAUGGCAAAGGCAGACAAGGCCCGUUAUGAAAGAGAAAUGAAAACUUACAUCCCUCCUAAAGGGGAAACAAAAAAGAAGUUCAAGGAUCCCAAUGCCCCCAAGAGGCCUCCUUCGGCCUUUUUCUUGUUUUGUUCUGAGUAUCGCCCAAAAAUCAAAGGAGAGCAUCCUGGCCUAUCCAUUGGUGAUGUUGCAAAGAAACUGGGAGAGAUGUGGAAUAACACUGCUGCAGAUGACAAGCAGCCUUACGAAAAGAAAGCCGCUAAGCUGAAGGAAAAAUACGAAAAGGAUAUUGCUGCAUACCGAGCUAAAGGAAAGCCUGAUGCCGCAAAGAAGGGAGUUGUCAAGGCUGAGAAAAGCAAGAAAAAGAAGGAAGAGGAGGAAGAUGAGGAAGAUGAGGAGGAGGAGGAGGAGGAGGAGGAUGAGGAGGAGGAAGAUGAGGAGGAAGAUGAUGAUGAUGAAUAAGUUGGUUCUAGCGCAGUUUUUUUUUUUCUUGUCUAUAAAGCAUUUAACCCCCCUGUACACAACUCACUCCUUUUAAAGAAAAAAAAUUGAAAUGUAAGGCUGUGUAAGAUUUGUUUUUAAACUGUACAGUGUCUUUUUUUGUAUAGUUAACACACUACCGAAUGUGUCUUUAGAUAGCCCUGUCCCGGUGGUAUUUUCAGUAGCCACUAACCUUGCCUGGUACAGUACGGGGGUUGUAAAUUGGCAUGGAAAUUCAAAGCAGGUUCUUGUUGGUGCACAGCACAAAUUAGGUAUAUAUGGGGAUGGUAGUUUUUUCAUCUUCAGUUGUCUCUGAUGCAGCUUAUAAGAAAUAAUUGUUGUUCUGUUAACUGAAUACCACUCUGUAAUUGCAAAAAAAAAAAAAAAGUUGCAGCUGUUUUGUUGACAUUCUGAAUGCUUCUAAGUAAAUACAAUUUUUUUUAUUAGUAUUGUUGUCCUUUUCAUAGGUCUGCCAUUUUUCUUCUUGAGGGGAAGCUAGUCUGGCUUGUGCCCAUUUUGGAUCACAUGGAUUAUUACAGUGUUUAUCGUUUCAUAGUUAGCUGAUAAGGCUUUUGUCUACACACCCUGCAUACUCGAGGGUAAUAGAAGUGGAAUUUAGACCGUUUUCAUUCAUACCUGAAACUCCACAGUCUUGAUCAGUUGCUAUCAAAUUUCACAUAGCUCAGUUAACGUUUAUCAAGUGAAGAGGAACCAACCCACAGCGGCACGGUGUUACCGGAGUCAAACAUUCUGAAAGUCUGUCCUUGAAGGACUAAGAAAAAUGUUCUAAUCUUUACAUGAGGACUCUACACUCUUUAACUCCCAUUACCAUGUAAUGGCAGUUAUAUUUGCAGUUCCCACGUUAAAGACCUGAGAAUGUAUCCCCAAAAGCGUGAGCUUAAAAUACAAGACUGCCAUAUUAACCUUUCUGUUGACAUUAGUCCCAGUAAAGGCUCUGGGAAAAAGGCUGGCUGUAAAUGUCUUCUAUUUAUCUAAAUAUAGAUUGCUAAGGAAAUGAGACUCUGUUAAAGGUGUAUUAAUUGGGCCAACCUCUAAAAUUGUGUGCCACAUCCAAAACCAGGUUUGUUUUCCUAUGUUAUGGUUUGUUCCCUUAUGAAUCAAAAGGACUGGAGGGAAGAAGACACUUAAACUCUGUACUUUAGUAAUUAUUCAAUUUAUUUGAACUUGAUAACUUCUACCCGAACUCAUUCAUUAGGGUCAUUUGUUUAUCUGCUUAGCAGUUCAGGGAACAAUUUGGCAAUUUUGUGGUUUUUGAGAUUAUCGUUCUCUUAAAGUGCCAGUGUUUUGAAAUAGCGUUCUUGUAAUUUUACACGCUUUUGUGAUGGAGUGCUGUUUUGUUAUAUAAUUUUGAUUUGGAUUCUUUCCAUUUGCAUUUGUUAAUGUAAUUUCAGGAGGAAUACUGAACAUCUGAGUCCUGGAUGAUACUAAUAAACUAAUAAUUGCAGAGGUUUUAAA